ACUUAAUUUCCAUGGAAUCACAUGCAUGGACCCGUGACUAAGGUAGGUACGUCUAUGGUUCUUCUGAUGAGUCUCUGAAUGGAUUAUAUAUAGAGAAUUAGGGCACCACAGAAGUUGUAGAGGCAACCUCUUACUUUAUAAUCAGUUUCAUUCAUUUUUCUUCCCUUUUGCUCCUUUCCACAAUGGCUAAGUCCCAUUUAGUUGCGAAAAGCCCCUCCAGGGUUUCCAUUCUGCUACUUCUCGGACUGCUAAUGGCUACCCUUACUACAACUGGUGCACAAAUUGGUGUUUGUUACGGAACGGUUGCAAACAACUUGCCACCCGCACAAGAAGUGAUAUCUCUUUACAACCAGUACAAUAUUCAAAGAAUGCGGCUCUAUGGUCCCAACCACGAUGCUCUCCAAGCCCUCAGAGGCUCUAACAUUGAGGUCGUGCUUGGUGUAGAAAACGAACGCCUUCAAGACAUUUCUUCUAGUCAGGACAGUGCAAAUGAUUGGGUCCAAAAUAAUGUUGUAAACUACAACGAUGUCAAAUUUAAGUAUAUUGCAGUCGGAAAUGAAAUAAAUGCCACAGGUCCAGAUGCGCCAUUUGUUGGCCCUGCAAUGGAAAGAAUUCAAAAUGCUAUUUCUACGGCAGGGCUUGCAAACCAAAUUAAGGUCUCUACCGCAGUUUACCCUAUAAUCCUCGAAGAAUCGUACCCUCCAUCAAAAGGUUCCUUCAGACAAAACUAUCGGCCAUUUCUUGAUCCAAUCAUCGGGUUCUUAGUUGGGAAUCAAUCUCCGUUACUUGUUAAUAUGUACCCGUAUUUUAGUUACAUUCAAAGUCGUGACAUUAGUCUUGAAUAUGCUCUUUUUACAUCCCCAUCCGCUCCAGUGAAUGAUGGUGAUCUUCAGUAUCAGAACCUAUUUGAUGCAAUUCUGGAUGCAGUUUACUCAGCGUUAGAGAAGGCUGAAGGUGGCUCUUUGAAAAUUGUUGUAUCAGAGAGUGGUUGGCCCUCAGACGGUGGGGAUGGUCAAGUGACAACGAAGGAGAAUGCAAGAAUUUACAACUCAAAUUUGAUAAAGCAUGUGAAGGGCGGGACUCCAAAGAAGCCUGGAAACCCCAUCGAAACUUACGUGUUUAGCAUGUUUAAUGAGAAUGAAAAACAAGGGGAGGCGACCGAGAAGCAUUUCGGGCUCUUUUUUCCUAACAAAGAGCCCGUAUAUCCCAUUGAUUUCAACUAGGUAGGUGUUGAAAUUCUAGCUUUACCAACCAGAAUAAAGGGGUGAUAGUAACCCUAGUGAACACAAGAGGAAUCGUUUUAUGAGUUCGAAUUCGUGCCGGUGUAAUGCAUAGCAUGUAAUACUACAGUGUGAUCUUUCUCCA